AUGACCACCUCCUCGCCCUCGUUCGCAGUCGGCGGCUCGCAGCCCUUCCUGGCCCCGGCCUUCGCCGCGCCACGCAGCCAGCAGUCGCUGUCCGACUACCCGCCGCUCGCGCUGUUCGCGGCCGCCGAGCAGGCCCAGCAGCAGGAGCUCCAGCAGCAGCAAGUCGCGCAGUCGCCCGUCUACCAGCCCGCCACGCCCACGCUCAACCUGAGCAUCAACCCCAAGCUGCCGUCGCUCGAGGGGCUGCUUAAGCAGAUGCAGACCACGUCGCCCACGGCCUCGGCCGCGCCGUCGUCGCAGUACCCGCGCCUGAGCCCCGUGUCGCGCGACCUGGCGCCCAUGCCCUCGCUGCGCACGAUGAUCAGCCCCAGCAUGGCCAAGCGCGUGCUGCCCGUGGCUACGAUGCCGCAAGCCCCGCUCCCGGGCAUGGCCGCCUUCGCCCCGCAGACGUCGUACACGCAGAUGAGCUCGUCGAUGGGCCCGUCCUUCCCCGGAAAGAAGCGCUCGUGGGCCGACGCCACCCCCGUGCAGCACGCCAUGUACCCGGUCAAGUCCCGCGCCUCGCCCAGUCACUCGAGCGGCACCCACCGCAGCCGCGCCUCCAAGUACUGCAAGAUCGAGGGCUGCGAGCGCGUCUCGCAGCGCAACAACCUGUGCCACAGCCACGGUGGCAAGCGCCUCUGCAAGGAGGAGGGAUGCUCGUCCAAGGACCGCGGCAACGGGUUCUGCAUCAAGCACGGUGGCGGCAAGAUCUGCUCCAUGGCCGGCUGCGAGAAGAAGGCUCGGCGGAAAGGGCUGUGCACUCAGCACUUCCGCAUUUCGGACGAGCACAGCGCGGAGAGCGUCGUGUCCUCCCCGUGCGCAAUCGAGCACAACAUGUUCCGGUCCGUGUAA